UGCAAGAUGGGGGAAGGGAGAGGAGCCACUUCUCCUCUGGCCUCCCCUCAACUCCCACUGCAAUUUUAGGAUAGGAGCCUGGGGAGAAAGGGUUAUCUGCUUGCAGGCUGUCUCAGCCCCCGACUACGUGUUCUGGACCUUUUCUGGUCUGAGAGAGGGCAGAGCCGGGCAGACCCCAAGCAAUGGCCUGAGUCCCCAUGGCCGCCCCUCAGGACCUGGACAUCGCUGUGUGGCUGGCCACGGUGCACCUGGAGCAGUAUGCAGACACGUUCCGGCAGCAUGGCCUGGCUACGGCGCGUGCGGCCCAGGGCUUGGGCCAUGAGGAACUGAGACAGUUGGGCAUCAGCGCUACAGGACACCGGAAACGCAUUCUGCGCUUGCUACAGGCGGGCGCUACCCAGGGGUCCCUGGAUCCCAAAUCGGAUAGUACCAUGGAACCGACCCCUAGCCCAGCCCCCCAAGCCCAACCCCCCAAACCUGUGCCCAAGCCCAGGACAGUGUUCAGUGGGCUCAGUAACCCUGCCACUACCCAGAGGCCUAGGUUGAGUCCAACCCUCUGGGGAUCAGAAAUGUCCAGGGGCCCAGAGUGCAGCCCGAAGUCCCCUUCUAUCCCCACCUCCUCCCCUGAGCAGACGUCAGCUCCGAACCCCGUGGAGAUGCUGCCCAAUGCCAUCUACUUCGGCCUGGACUUUCAAGGUGGAACACAAGCAGCUCAGAACAUGGCUCCAGACAGCUCCCAGACAAUUGCCCCCACCCCAGCCCACAGGCCCACAACAGGCACAGUGCACAUCAUGGAUCCCGGUUGCCUAUACUAUGGGGUCCAGCCUACGGGGGUUCCGGGAACCCCUGACAGGAGAGAGGGCAGAGGUAUCUGUCAGGACAGGGCUGAACACAGGCUCAGCAGGCAAGAUCUGGAAGCACGGGAGGACGCUGGCUAUGCCAGCCUUGAGCUACCUGGGGACUCCACCCUUUCACUGCCUACCCUGGACUUGGAAGAACCCAGCGAUGACCUCAUCUCACCCUAUGCCAGCUUCUCCUCCACGGCAGACCGCCCCACACCCCUGCUCAGUGGCUGGCUGGACAAGCUGUCCCCUCAGGGAAACUAUGUCUUCCAGAGACGCUUUGUGCAGUUCAACGGGAGGAGCCUGAUGUACUUUGGCAGUGACAAGGACCCCUUCCCCAAGGGCAUCAUCCCUCUGACUGCCAUUGAGAUGACCCGCAGUAGCAAGGACAACAAGUUCCAGGUCAUCACUGGCCAGAGAGUAUUCGUGUUUCGUGCAGAGAGUGAGGCUCAGAGGGAUGCAUGGUGCUCCGCUCUGCAAUCCUGCCUGAAGGAGCAGCGGCUGCUGGGCCACCCCCGGCCCCCCCAGCCACCCCGACCCCUCCGCACAGGCAUGCUGGAGCUGCGGGGACACAAGGCCAAGGUGUUCGCUGCCUUGAGCCCUGGAGAGCUGGCACUAUACAAGAGUGAGCAGGCCUUCUCUUUGGGCAUCGGGAUCUGCUUCAUUGAAUUGCAAGGCUGCAGUGUCCGGGAGACUAAGAGUCGAAGUUUUGACCUGCUCACACCUCAUCGCUGCUUCAGCUUCACAGCCGAGUCAGGGGGGGCGCGGCAGAGCUGGGCGGCCGCUCUGCAGGAAGCAGUAACCGAGACCCUGUCUGACUACGAGGUGGCUGAGAAGAUCUGGUCCAAUCGGGCAAACCGGCACUGCGCAGACUGUGGGGCCUCCCGCCCAGACUGGGCUGCUGUCAACCUGGGGGUGGUCAUCUGCAAGCAGUGUGCAGGUCAGCACCGAGCCCUGGGUUCUGGGAUCUCCAAGGUGCAGAGCCUGAAGCUGGAUACGAGUGUCUGGAGCAAUGAGAUCGUGCAGUUGUUCAUUGUCUUGGGAAAUGAUCGUGCCAACCGCUUCUGGGCAAGGGCACUACCCCCGGGAGAAGGGCUACAUCCAGACUCGAACCCUGGUCCCCGGGGAGAGUUCAUCUCCCGCAAGUACCGGUUGGGUCUCUUCCGGAAGCCCCACCCUGAGUAUCCAGAUCAUAGCCAGCUUCUCCAGGCACUGUGUGCAGCUAUGGCAGGACCCAACCUGCUGAGGACAAUGACCCAGCUCCUUUGUGUUGAAGUUUCUGAGGGCGAAGAACCUUGGUCUCCCUCAGCCGUGGACGGCACCUUCCCUGGCCUCCUUCCCCCAGACCCCUCCCCCGGUGUAUACAACGAGGUGGUAGUGCCUGCCACCUACAGCAGCUUCCUGUACUGUGGUCCCAUCAGCAACAAAGCUGGACCCCCACCCCCUCGGAGGGGCCGGGAUGCUCCCCCCCGCCUGUGGUGUGUGCUGGGAGCAGCUCUGGAAAUGUUUGCGUCAGAAAGCAGCCCGGAACCACUCAGCCUCAUCCAGCCCCAGGAUGUUGUGUGCCUGGGUGUGAGCCCCCCGCCCACUGAUCCAGGUGACCUUGACAGGUUCCUGUUUUCCUUCGAGCUCAUCCUCACGAGGGGCAGGAUCCAGCAUUUUGGCACCGAUGGAGCUGACAGUCUGGAGGCCUGGACCAGUGCCGUGGGCAAGUGGUUCUCCCCGCUGAGCUGCCACCAGCUGCUGGGCCCUGGGUUGCUGCGCCUGGGCCGCCUGUGGCUACGGUCCCCUUCCCACGCCGCCCUGGAACCUGGCCUCUGGCUGUCAGGGUUCGGCCUCCUUCGUGGUGACCACCUCUUCCUGUGUCCAGCGCCGGGCCCUGGCCCCCCCGCCCCUGAGGACAUGGUACAUCUGCGGCGGCUGCAGGAGAUCAGUGUGGUCCCUGCAGCUGACUCCCCAGACAAGAAGGAGCAUUUGGUCCUGGUGGAGACAGGGAGGACCCUGUAUCUGCAGGGGGAGGGCCGACUGGAUUUCUCAGCCUGGAACACAGCCAUCGAGCGAGCAGCUGGUGGGGGUGGCACCGGGCUGCAGGAGCAGCAGAUGAGCCGGGGAGACAUCCCCAUCAUUGUGGACGCCUGCAUCAGCUUUGUCACCCAGCAUGGGCUCCGACUGGAGGGCGUUUAUCGCAAAGGAGGUGCUCGAGCCCGCAGCCUGCGACUCCUGGCUGAGUUCCGGCGGGAUGCCCGAUCAGUGAAGCUCCGACCAGGGGAGCACUUCGUGGAAGAUGUCACUGACACGCUCAAACGCUUCUUUCGUGAGCUUGAUGAUCCUGUGACCUCUGCACGGCUGCUGCCUCGCUGGAGAGAGGCUGCAGAGCUGCCCCAGAAGAAUCAGCGCCUGGAGAAGUACAAAGAAGUGAUUGGCUGCUUGCCCAGGGUCAACCGCCGCACACUAGCCACCCUCAUCGGGCACCUCUAUCGGGUGCAGAAGUGUGCAACUCUAAACCAGAUGUGCACACGGAACCUGGCCCUGCUGUUUGCGCCCAGCGUGUUCCAGACAGAUGGGCGAGGGGAGCACGAGGUGCGGGUGCUGCAGGAGCUCAUCGACAGCUACGUCGCUGUCUUUGAUAUUGAUUCUGACCAGGUAGCUCAGAUUGACUUGGAGGUCAGUCUUAUCACCACUUGGAAGGAUGUGCAGCUGUCCCAGGCUGGAGACCUCAUCAUGGAAGUGUACAUAGAGCAGCAGCUCCCAGACAACUGUGUCACCCUGAAGGUGUCGCCAACACUGACUGCUGAGGAGCUGACUAACCAGGUACUAGAAAUGCGAGGGACAGCAGCUGGCACGGACUUGUGGAUGACGUUCGAGAUUCUUGAGCAUGGGGAGCUUGAGCGGCCACUGCACCCCAAGGAAAAGGUCCUGGAGCAGGCCCUACAAUGGUGCCAGCUUCCAGAGCCCUGCUCAGCCUCUCUGCUCUUGAGAAGAGUCUCCCUGGCCCAAGCUGGCUGUCUCUUCACAGGUGUUCGACGUGAGAGCCCUCGGGUGGGGCUGUUGCGAUGUCGUGAGGAGCCACCUCGCUUGCUGGGAAGCCGCUUCCAGGAAAGGUUCUUUCUGCUGCGUGGCCGCUGCCUGCUGCUGCUCAAGGAGAAAAAGAGCUCUAAACCAGAGCGAGAAUGGCCUCUGGAAGGUGCCAAGGUCUACCUGGGGAUCCGCAAGAAGUUAAAGCCUCCAACACUAUGGGGCUUCACGUUGAUACUGGAGAAGAUGCACCUCUACUUGUCUUGCACUGAUGAGGAUGAGAUGUGGGACUGGACCACCAGCAUCCUUAAAGCCCAGCACGAUGACCAGCAGCCCGUGGUCUUACGACGCCGUUCCUCUUCUGACCUCGCCCGUCAGAAGUUUGGCACUAUGCCCUUGCUGCCCAUCCGUGGGGAUGACAGUGGAGCCUCACUCCUUUCUGCCAAUCAGACCUUGCGGCGACUACACACCCGGAGGACCCUGUCCAUGUUCUUUCCAAUGAAGUCAUCCCAGGGGUCUGUGGAGGAACAAGAGGAACUGGAGGAGCCUGUGUACGAGGAGCCCGUGUAUGAGGAAGUAGGGGCCUUCCCCGAGCUGACCAAGGACACCUCCACAUCUUCCAUCGCCUCACGGGAGUGGGCAGCCAAGCUGGAGAACCCGCUCACCAGCCAGAGGUCCUUUGAUCAACCCUUUCUCUCAAAGACAAGCACCCCAGGCUGGGAUGAGAGGCCACCUGAGCCUCCUCCAGGCCCCCCUUCAAAGAGCAGUCCCCAAACACAGGGAUCCCUGGAGGAACAGCUGCUCCAGGAGCUCAACAGCCUUAUCCUGAGGAAGGGAGAGCUCACCGCAGGCCUGGGAAUCCCUUCCCAGCCAUCCAGCCCCCAGACGCCCAGCCCUACCAGCCUGCCAGCACAGACACCCGACUUUCCCACCCCAACCCCCUGCACUUCUGGUCCACCCUCCAGCCAGCCCCUCACAUGACCCUAGGACCAGCAGUCUGAGGGAGUAGGUACCCAGAAGACCCAAGCUCUCACCAUGGCAGAUGCCACUGGGAGCCUCCUCUGCCCUGGCUGGGAAGAUCCCAGAAUCCAGCGUGACAUUGGAAGAAGCGUUAGACUGAGCCAGGUGGAGGCCAGGUGUCCCAGGGCAGGCCAUGCCCCUCUCUGGGCCUCAGCAUCUAUCUGUACCAUGCAGUAACUGAAACUAGGAGACUGGUGAAUGUCCCCUGUGUGUCUCAGAGCUGUUUGCCUCUGUAUUUUACCUCGACGAGGGCAGCUCCGCCUUUAUAUUUUUGAUACGCAGGUGUUUUUGAGAGAUUUUAGGCCUUAAAAGAAUGGUUUUGCUGCAUUAAAGGGAGAAAGUUUUGGAAGCCAGAGGGCUGGAUGAUGUGCAGGUCUAUCCUACCCUGCUUUCUACUUUCUGUGACUACAUUGAAGCCCUGGAGGCGGGAGAUGGGCUGGGGUAUGGCGCUCAGGAAAAGGGGAGCCCAAAAAGGAUGGACCACUAUUAAUAAACCC